AUGGCGUGGACCAAGUCAUUGUCGCCUCCAGACCCAGAACCAAGACCAAAAUGGAUACCCUAUGAUCUCAGGACUCACACAACUUUUUCACCACAUACUCUCCAAACCCAGCAGCCAUUUUCACUGCCCCUUCUUCUCUUGCUUACUGCCUUUGCUGAAAUGGUUACUGCUGGUCCACCUCAGUUAGCUCGCCCCCCUCUCCUGUCUGGACAGCCUUUUAUCAUCUUCUGGGGCAUCCCUGACUCCUCCUGCUCCAGUCGGCCAGAUCUCAGAACUUUUGGGAUAGAGCGAGAGGGCCGUGUGUCCGUCUUCUAUGAGGACACACUUGGAAAUUAUCCUUAUUUUGCAGACAAAGACACAGCGGUCAAUGGGGGGCUACCGCAGAACACAAAGCUGGACAACCACAUCCAGAAGACACAGCAGGACUUGGACACAGCUUUACCUGCUCCAAGGUACCUGGGGUUAGGGGUGCUGCGCUGGGCUGAGUGGAUCCCCCAGUGGUCACGGAAUAGAGAGAAGCAGGCCAUGUAUCUGGAGGCAUCAAGAAAACUGCUGAAGGCUUUCUUUCCUAACUGGAGCCCAGAAGUGGUGGAGAAGUGGUCAAAGGUAAGGAUAGUUCAGGGAAAGGGGUGAUAAAGAAAUUGGUGAGAGGGGGUAUGAGGAACGGGUAGAGAUAAAGAGAAUUCAAGUUGUUGGCAGGGGUGAGAGUGGGCAGGAAUCUUGUGGAAAAAACGCACGGGUUUAGAGAAAAUACAAGUGACCAUCAUACAGCAACAUGACUGUAAUGAUAUGAAAUAGUGAUGUAAUAAUGGGAGCAUCUUAGAUUUGAUACUAGCAAAACAUUUUAAAACAGCUGGGAUAAACAGGGAUUAAAAAAAAACACCAGAGGAGGUGCACAACAGUAAAAGUAAGACCAAUGUGAACAGCUCGAAACUUCUUCAUUCGCAACAAGUGAGUGGCAUGACAGGAAAAGCAGGCACUCCAGAAAGAUCAGGCCUCUCAGAGGUAAAGAUGAGAAGAAGUUCACUGCAAAACUGCAAGAGACAUUAGUUCAACAUUUUCACAAUAACCUUAUUUGAAGAUUUUAUAUAUCAACCCCUGACAUAAAUAUUUAUCUACAUAAGAAGCUACCACCUACAUCUUGUUUGCUCAGGCUAGUACAGACACUGAAAACAAGAGGGAAGAGCUUCAAGUAAUGUAUCCCCUAAUCACUGCAUUCAGCUGUCUUCAACAUUAUGUGACCAGAAAGAAGAAGAAACAAGAGAGUGCAUCAACAGGCUUUAAAGACACUGAUUUAAGGUUAAGGUCCCCUUGACUACAGGUUACAAUCAGAUGUAGUAAAUGUAAUAUAACUGCAGCCUGGCUUUUCAUUUGAACUGUUCUCUAACAACUGCUCCUGAAAAAUCAAAAUGUCUUGAAGGGACUGAAAGGUGAUAUAUUGAUCUUGUCACAGGUGGACUUCGAAGCAGCGGCACAGUCUGUAAUGAUGGAAACUCUACGGGAGCUCAGGAGAUUAAGGCCCAAAGCAUUAUGGGGUGUCUCCCCUUACCCAAGCUGCUACAAUGGCGAUCCUGCCCAAACCAUGUUGGCCAAUUACACCGGCCAGUGCCCUGCUGCAGAGAAGGCCCUUAAUGAUGAGCUUCUGUGGCUAUGGAAACGAUGCUCCGCCCUCUUCCCUCUCCUCACCCUGGAGAAGAUGCAGGUGGAUAGAGACCAUACUUUUUGUUCUUUACUUUGAACCUUACGUUCACUCCAGAUCAAAUAGUAAAUGGCACUGCUGUUUCUGGUUACAUCAUCAUUUGUACUUUUCUCCUUCUUAAUAGGGUGGGACACCUGGGAGCAGGUUGUAUUUGUCUAGUGAAAUUAGAGAAGCACUUCGAGUGUCAUCACUGAGUCGGGCAGAGUUUGAUAUUCCUGUUUUUCCACUGGUCAAAAGUGUGUAUGCCUCAACCAACACCUUCCUCUCACAGGUGAGACAUCAACAUCUUUUUUAUGAUCAUGGUGUCACAGAUUAUUGCCAAGCAGGGAGGGAAGGCAGGACUGGAAAAAUGUAACUUUGCACACACUAUCCUCUGGUUCAAAAGCCUCCCAUUUUGGUUUCAGAGGAAAACAGAGAAGAGGAAAUUCAGAGGGAUUAUAUGAGUUAUUUUAGUAGGAUCGAAGGUGAAAUAUCCUGAUGUACUCACUGUAUCAGUUGUGAGGAGUACAAAAGCAAGGGAUCAUGCUGUGUUCUGACUUAGUUCAAGCUUCUUUUAAAUGCCUCUCUACAGGCAGACCUGGUGAGCACCAUAGGAGAGAGUGCUGCCAUGGGAACAGCAGGAGUUGUCAUCUGGGAGAGACGUGAGACUAAGACAGAGGUACAUAACUAUAAAUAUACAGGAAGUACGUACAACAAAAAGUGCGUCUGCAACCUUUUUCAGCAAUUGAUGAUUAUAGAUGUGACAUUAUUUAUCAAUCCUACUGAUUUAAUCCCAAAAAGUUGUGUUUUCAAAAUUGAACACAGUGACUGCUAUUUCAUAAACAUGUACACUAACUCUUCUUUCUAUUUACAUCUUUUUUUUCAUCUGUUUUGCAGAGAGAGUGUCAGGAUCUGGCAGAGUUUGUCCGUAAGGUCCUGGGACCAUACUCCAUGAAUGUGACCACUGCAACUGCACUCUGCUCAGCCUCUCUGUGCCAAGGCAAGGGUCGAUGUGUCCGUCAAGAUCCAGGAAGCUCGGCAUACCUCCACCUACCACCCCCACCAGAAGUGGUGGAGAAGACCACAGAGAAGGUGAGAAAGUAAAUUGAGUUCAAUAUUUAACAUCUUUUACAAUGAGAUUACUUUAUAGUUAAAUCACAAUGCACAAGUGUUACAUCUUUAAACUUAGACUUGAGACUUUUUUUAUAUGAAGCACUAAAUUGUGUCUGUUUUCAGUUCUACUGUGUUUAAUUGUAUGAAGAAUCUAAAUGGAGUGCAAGCUAUGUGCUUAUAUGUAAAUACAGUAUUUCUGUAUAUAACUGUUUGCAUCGUUUUUGCAAUGCAACCUCAGCUAUGUCUUUUUGUGCUUUUAAAUUUGCCAGUAAGACAGACAGCAGGUCUAGGCUCUGGUUCCUAGAGAAGACAAAACUGUCCCGGUGUUGUGGGCCUUGACUGGAGUAUUAUUUUCCAGAUUGUAGCUCCUGGAACAGCCCUUGGUCAACAUGGCCUGGGAUCUUCUGUAACACUCAAAGUCUCUGCAACACACCCUCCAUAACGAAUUAAACUCACGCCAUCUUACACUCAAAAAACCUGUGUGGAGCAUUUGGGUUCAGGGCAGUGAAGUCCCCUUACCAGGUGGGGCUGUAUCUAGUCAGGGUGCCCUCAGCUGUGGAAAGCCUGCAGGAUCUUAGGCCUCAUGCCAAACUCUGUAAGCCACCUGAGGUGAAAGAGGCUUUGCCCGCCACAUGGCUGGUCACCUGUCCCAGAGAGGGCCUCAGUGAUGAUAAAGCUGGAGGCUCUCUGCAGCAGACCUGUGGAUGGUGACUGGUUCCAGCUUGUCUUUUCUUUUUUUGUGGUCCACGGUUAGAUCUCAAGAGUAUUGACAGUCAGGUUUUUUGUUAGAUUGAUGUGUUAGAUUGUUGGCUUCUCUCCUGCAGAUUGCUCAUUGUCUGCAGUUUUAGGCCUGACAUAGUGUUGUUGACUUUUACUUAGCUGCCAAAAUAGAUGCUGCCUGUGGCCACGCAGAUGUGUUGACAAGGGAGUGUUAGACCCUUUUCUGAUAAAUUGGACAUGUCUUGCUCUUGGUCUGGCAAAAGCUCCUUAUUCUUAGUUUCUGUCAUUGUAAAAAGCCAAGAUUCAUUGGUGUACUUUAGUUGCCCCUGAGACUCUAAAAGAAAAAACAAACAGGUCUGACGGCAGAGUUCUUUUAAUUUGUCAACAAAUGGCCUGAGCCACUGCCUUUUAAUGCAACUGCAGAACAAUAAAUGUUAAAAUCUUGAAUUGGACUACAGGAGUACAGACUCUAAUUCUAUUUUUAGUCUGUAAUGUGGAGUGUUGAAUAACAUCUUUGGUUAUAAAUUUGUCCGAUCAAAAUUAUAAAAAUGUUCUAGACAUCUGCAUGCAUUAAAUUAAGAUAUGGUUGCAGGUUAUUUAAAAAUCAAGAGUCUGAAGGGCUUGUGGGGGAAACAGAGGAUCCAGAGUGAACUUUCUUCAGUCUCUGAUGAUUUUCCUUGUCAUUUCACCUAUUCAGUCAACACAACCAUAUAACAGGAGGUUUUAGAGCCCUUCACAUUGAUGCACUAAUUGAUAGCAAAGGAAUCCCGGUCAAAUAUGAAGUAUAAAACGAUGAACACAUUUGUCAGAAACUUUUUCUGAUACUUUUUAAAAUUGAAUAUAUUUGAAUAUUUGAGAAACUGCAUCUCUGAUCCUCAAGAGCUAUAAACUACUCAUUGAAGUUAUGAUAACAAAGGCCUGAUAUAUUUUACUUGUACUGAACAUAGACUUUAGGUUUACCUUUUUAACUAAGUUAGGAAAAAAAAAAAUCCUUUCCCCUUGUCAUCUAUUUUUAGAGUUGCACCUGUAUAUUACAGUGUGUUGUAGAAUUGAAGUUACCUCAUUAUAGCUGUGCUGCAACCAUCUCUGUGAGGUUUUUUGAAGGAUCAACACAUCUGCAACUGUUGAAACAUGAGAGAUGCCGAUAGAGAAAGCGCAACAAUAGCUCUGAUUGCAUAUUUGACUUCACUUUUUCUCUCUCUGAAGAUUUGCAGAAGUCUGUGUGCACACAAAAAUACAUACACGUUUUCAGCUUGUGUCAUUCUGUGUGAAAAGCUGGAAACCAAGCUUCUUAUUUUGAGUUAUGACUGAUAAAGACAACCAAGAGUUUGUUGAAAAAGAGGGAAUAACACAGCAGGGGGCUCAGUUGCUGGAGGAUCUUUGUUAGAUCAGAAAGUUAGCAGAAAAGAAAAUAGUUGAGCAGCAGCUGAGAGUGUAGUCUGAUCCUACAGAUGCAAACAUUGUUUUCACUGUGAACUUUUCAUUUUUUGGAAAUCUAUGAUAAUCUAUGAUUCAGUGGUGGUAAAGCAUGUAAGGAUGAACAUCUCUGUAAAUGCAGCAAUAUUUCCAUAUGAGUCAUGUCAUUCAAUUUCCAUCUUUGGCACCAGUAUGUUACAAAAAUGGAAGUUUCUCAACAAGCACAACUUACUAAUCAUAACGUUGUCCCUAAUUUUCUAUCAGGCAGACGCAGCAAAAGCCACAGACCAGCCAGACACAGACACUAAACCGGCUGAACCAGAUCCGGCUGAGAUCUGGAAGAAGGACUUCCAGUGCCAAUGGUACAAGACUGCAGACAGAGACGUUUCUGAUCUGCAGUCUCCCAAAGAUGGAGCAUCUCUCAUGGGCACAGUGAGGGAAAUCAGAGGGACUGCAGCUCCUUCCAACGCAGCCUUUACAUCAAAAGUUGCCUCUGUGACUGAGUUCAGAGAAAGCAGUCUACCUGGAAGUCCAACCCUGUUACUGAAAGCAAGCACAGACAGUGGACCAAAUCCACUGAGUGCCCCACACCUGACUGUUCUGCUGUUACUGGUGGUGGGGAGUCUAUCCCUAGAACCUUAA